AUGCGUGUUCUCAAGGCUUUACGGAUAGGGAGGAGGUCCAUUAAAGCGGACGAGAAAAACAAGCCGCAUAUCAGCAUUCCGCAAAAGUCCGCAGUCGCCAUUGUGCCCCCCAAGAAGGUUAUCCGGGCACUUUACGACUACACGGCGCAGACCCCGCAGGAGUUGAGUUUCUCGCGUGGGGAUUUCUUCCAUGUCAUCGGCCGUGAAAACGAUCCAGAUUGGUACGAGGCGUGCAAUCCCGCUCUGCCCGACGCCCGUGGCCUAGUUCCCGUGAGCUUGUUCCAGUCUCUCGGGCGUAACGAGCGCGACAGUGGCCAGUCCCAACCGGAUAGUGCACGAUCCAACAAGCAUCCCGACCACGACUCCGGCUAUGGCGAAGCACCAUCAGCCACGUCCCCACCGGCCGUGAACCGGCAGAGCUCGAAGGCGGGGAAGUCCGGUGCGAUGGUCUAUGGAGUCGUUGUUUACGACUUCAAAGCUGAGAGGGGUGACGAGCUGGAAGCGAAGGCGGGCGAAGCCAUCAUUGUGAUUGCGCAGUCGAAUCCCGAGUGGUUCGUGGCGAAACCGAUUGGGAGGCUGGGCGGCCCCGGGUUGAUUCCCGUGUCCUUUGUCGAGAUUCGAGAUAUGGCGACCAACACCCCGGUCGCGAACCCCCAAGAAGCCGUGCGGAAGGCCGGUAUUCCUAAGGUGGAGGAAUGGAAGAAGAUGGCCGCCGACUACAAGAACUCGAGCAUCACGCUUGGCAAGUUUGAGACUGGUGCCGCAGCGCCGCAGGGACUUGAGCAGGGCAUGGAGCGGAUGAGCAUCCAGCCGCCCAGCGGCCGGGUCAGUCAAGGUCCAGGCUCUAAUAUGCCGCCACAGGUGCAGGCGCAGGCGCACCCGGCAUGGCAACAACACACAGCGAUCCAGCAAACCUCACCUUCUUCCUCACCAAGUUCCCAGUUGUUGGCACCAGUCUCAGCCCGCAUUCCGAGAUAUUGCUUCGCGGAGGACAAGUACUGGUUUGUCAUCGAAGCGGAGCUUGAAGAUGGCAGGACAUGGGAGCUGGCACGAUACUACGAAGACUUUUACGACUUCCAGAUCGCCCUUCUCUCAGAAUUCCCGGUCGAGGCCGGCACCGCCGGAAAAGGGCAGCGGACGCUGCCGUACAUGCCCGGACCCGUCAACUACGUGACCGAUGCAAUCACGGAAGGCCGGCGGCAUAACCUGGAUGCCUACGUCAAGAGCCUGCUGACACAGCCGCCCAAGAUUUCCCAAUGCACUCUGGUGAAGCAGUUCUUUGCACCGAGGGAAGGCGACUACGAGAUCGACCCGAGUGCGCUCGAGGAGGAGUACCGGCUGUCCGCUGGCUCUCAGCAUUCAUCGGCCGAUGGUGCGUCUCACCAGUCCUCCAGGCAGAAUCCCGGCGGCAGCAACGCUGUUUACGGCAACCCCCCGCGACAAGUUAGUGGCGGUGGCGGGCAGCCACCCAUGAGCCGACAGGUAUCAUCUCUGUCUCAGCCGUCCCAAUCAUCACUGUCGCCCGGUAUGCAGCAACAGGGCGCCCUGAUGAAGGUCAAGCUGAGCUACAACGGCGACAUCAUCGCCAUCAAGGUCCCCUCGGACAUCUCCUUCCCGGAGCUCUACGACAAAGUCGUUGACCGGCUCAAGAUACCCCCCGGCGAAGAGCCUCAGCUGUCAUACAAAGACGAGCAAACUGGCGACAAGCCGCCUUUGAUGAGCAACAAUGAUCUAGAUCUGGCGCUGCAGCGCAACGAGAAGUUGCUCGUUUAUGUCGAGUGA